AUGGAGAAUCAUCCAACUCAUUUUCUUGCUUCGUCUACCACUGUGGCAGCUGCAACUUUCUCCUCUGAUAAUGCCCUAAAUGGUGUAUUUUAUAACAGUAAUGCCCCGGAUAGAUAUAUGGGAUUAAAGAGGCAGAUCAAUUUUCCUAUAGCACAAGUGAAUGAUCAUUCUUUUAGUAAGAGCGUUGUAACGAUGGAAAAUGAUGUUAAAUCUGGUAAGAAAAAGUGCGAUGAGAAGAAAACCAGAAAACCAAGAAUUGCUUUUCGAACAAGAAGCAAAGUUGAUAUACUGGAUGAUGGCUAUAGAUGGAGAAAAUAUGGCCAAAAGGCCGUGAAGAACCAAAAAUUUCCAAGAAGCUACUAUCGGUGCACUCAUCAAGGGUGCAAUGUUAAGAAGCAAGUGCAAAGAGAAUCCAUGGAAGAAGGCAUUGUUAUCACUACGUACGAGGGAAUGCACAUUCAUCCAGUAGAGAAACUUAGUGACAAUUUCGAACAAAUUCUCAAUCAGAUGCAAAUUUAUCCUGCUUUUUGA